UCGAACGUUUCGCUGUACAGGCGUUGUAAUCGUGGCUCGCUGCCACUUUAACCCGGUACACCAAAAGAGGUUUCUAAGAUGGCGAAGAAAACGUUAGUUGAUAAAACGCCUCAAAAUGAAGAUGCUGUCAAAAAUAACGAUGAUAUUUUGAAUGACGAUGAAGAACCAAACUUCAGUGAUCCAGAGGGUUUUGUUGAUGAUAUUACCGACGAAGAAUUACUUGGUGACAUUUUAAAACAAAAACCCUCGGAGACGGAUGGAGUUGAAUCUGUUGUCGUCAUCGACGGUGUACCUCAGGUGGAGCCAGAAAGAUUAGAAAAAUUGCAAUCGUUCAUCAGUAAGGUCCUUGGAAAGUUUGGUACAAUAGUUAAUCAAUAUUAUCCCAAAAAUGAAAAUGGAUAUACCAAAGGGUAUAUCUUCUUGGAAUACAGUAGUCCAAUGAAUGCACUGGCAGCUGCCAAGUCUGCAAAUAAUCAUAAGAUUGAUAAGCAACAUACUUUGAAAGUAAAUCUGUUUACCGACUUCAAAAAAUACGAAGAAAUUCCUACUGAUUGGGAACCGCCGAAACCUCAACCAUUCAAAGCAGCUAGCGAUUUGCAUUAUUAUUUAUUAGAACCAGAUGCAUAUGAUCAGUUUUGUGUACUGUAUGGAAAUGGUCCAGCUGUAUCUGUUCAAAUUUGGCAAAACUCUGCUCCUGAACCUACAUUGUUGGAAGAUCGUCCUCGUUGGACAGAAACAUAUGUUAAAUGGUCACCUUUGGGUACAUACUUGGCAACCUUUCAUAAAUUAGGUGUUGCACUAUGGGGUGGCCCUCAAUUUGUUCAACAAGUGAAAUUCAGUCAAAGAGGCGUUGAAUGUAUUGAUUUUUCACCUUGUGAACGUUAUCUUGUAACAUAUACACCACGAACUGACCUAGGUUCAGAUCAAAAACGUUUGGCUGUUUGGGAUAUUCUAUCUGGUCAAGAGAAGCGUUCUUUCUAUCCAGAAGGAUCUUCAGUGUGGCCUAUAUUCCGUUGGUCCCACGAUGAUCAGUAUUUAGCUUGGAUGGGUAUAGAUGUUUUAAGUGUUUAUGAAACACCAUCAUUCAGACUACUGGAUAAGAAAAGUAUUAAAAUACCCGGUAUUAGAGACUUCAGUUGGUCUCCUACAGAUAAUGUUCUAGCUUAUUGGGUGCCAGAAGAUAAAGAUGUUCCUGCAAGAGUCACUCUGCUGGAAAUUCCAAAUCGCAACGAGAUACGAAAUAAGAACUUGUUCAAUGUUGCUGAUUGUAAGAUAUAUUGGCAGAAAUCUGGAGAUUACUUGUGUGUAAAAGUAGAUCGUUUCGCUAAACGUAAAGAAAAAACAGAACAAAAAUACACAGGAAUGUCAUAUAAUUUUGAAAUCUUUCAUAUGAGAGAGAAACAGAUCCCUGUUGACAGUGUAGAAAUAAAAGAACCAAUCCAUGCUUUCGCGUGGGAACCAAUUGGCAACAAAUUUGCUAUAAUUCAUGGAGAAAUUCCAAGUGUAAAUGUAAGCUUCUAUGAAGUCAGAUGUGGUCAUCAACCUGCUCUUCUUAAAAAAUUGGAAAAAAAGGCAUGUAACCAUUUAUUCUGGUCACCAUCUGGUCAAUUUGUUGUAUUGGCUGGUCUAACAACAAUGGCUGGUGCUCUUGAAUUUAUUGACACUAAUGAUUUUACUAUUAUGAAUUCAACUGAUCAUUAUCAAACUUCAGACGUCGAAUGGGAUCCAACUGGAAGAUAUGUUGUAACAGCUGUCUCUAGCUGGAAAACUACUGUUGAUAAUGGUUAUUGGAUAUGGACAUUCCAAGGUCGUAUUUUAAAAAGAGUUAACUUAAAUGCAUUCAAUCAAUUAUUAUGGCGUCCUAGACCACCGACUCUUCUUACCGCUGAACAAAUUAAAGAAAUUAAAAAGAAUUUGAAGAAGUAUUCCGCUCAAUUUGAAAGCAAAGAUCGUAUGAGAUUAACACGUGCUUCCAAAGAACUUAUUGAGAAACGAUGUGCAGCAAUGAAAGCCUUUGAAGAAUAUCGCACAAAGAGAAUAGACGAGUAUAAUAAUCAAAAGAAACGUCGCCUUGAAUUACGUAACAAUAUCGAUACAGAUGAAUUAGAUUCUGAUUCUAAGAACGUAGAAGAAGAAGUUGUAGAAUUUUUCGUAAAAGAAGAAACGUUCAUCAUUGAUGAUAAAUAAAUAAUAAUAAAGCCAUCAAAUUUUUCUUCUGCUUGCUGGUCUUGGAAAUCUCUGAAGCAAAGUCAGUUGAAUCAACUAAUUGUGCAGUGUCACCGUGGUUACUAUAAUAGAGUCAUAUUGAUUGUGACUCUAUAAUUAAAAAUGACUGUCCUAUACGGUUAUGGACAAUUCCUAUCAUAUUCUUUCUGUAUUGUAAUUGGAAUGAAUUCUGUAAUUCCAAUAAUCCGCAUAAAACGUCGGAACCAUAGUAACAUAAAAUAUUACCACAUCCCAUACAGAAUAGCAUGUAGACAAGGAAAUAAUUAUUCUAUCAAUUUGUACACAUCA